AUGAAGGGUGCUGCUAUUCUGUCUAUGUUGCCCCUGGCACUGGCCUUGCCGGCCCAGAAGCGCAACGGUGCCCCUGCCCCUAUCCUCAAGCCCCGGGAUGUCGAGGCACUCCUCGAGGACAAGUACAUCGUCAAGAUGAAAGAUGAUGCAACCCAGGAAUCUAUUGACUAUGCCAAUGGGCUUUUCGAGGGCGAGGCCUACGCAGAGUGGGACGCUGAGAAGAAGUUCAAGGGCUUCGCAGCCCAAAUCUCCGGCGAGGCUCUUGAUGCUAUUGCGAGCCUGGAAGACGUUGAGUACAUCGAGCAGGAUGCCAUUAUCAAGAUUGACUACACACCUGAGGAAGUGAGCCACACAGAGACAGCCAAGCGCGCCUUGACCACCGCGUCUGCCGCCUCCUGGGGUCUGGCACGUAUCUCACACAAGGCGCUCUCGCUCACUUCCUACGUCUAUGAUACUUCCGCCGGCAGCGGAACGUGCGCAUAUGUCAUCGACACCGGCAUCCUCACCACUCACACUCAAUUCGGUGGCCGUGCUUCAUUCCUCGCCAACUACGCCGACAGCAGCAACACUGACGGCAACGGGCACGGAACUCACGUCGCCGGCACCAUCGGCGGGAGCACCUACGGAGUGGCCAAGUCGGUCACUCUCUACGCGGUCAAGGUGCUCGACUCCAGCGGGUCCGGCACUAACUCUGGUGUCAUCUCCGGCAUCAACUUCGUAGCGUCGGAUGCCCCUACGCGCUCGUGCGACUCCGUGGCCAACAUGUCGCUCGGUGGCUCCAAGUCUACCGCUGUGAACUCUGCCGCAGCCGCUCUCGUCAACGCCGGCGUUUUCCUCGCCGUUGCCGCCGGUAACAGCGCCGCCAACGCGGCCAACUACUCCCCGGCUUCCGAGACAUCUGCUUGCACCGUCGGUGCCACCACCAGCAGUGACGCACUGGCGUCCUACUCCAACUACGGCUCCGUCGUCGAUAUCCUCGCCCCUGGAAGCAGCAUCGUCAGCUCCUACAUUGGAAGCACCAGCGCUACUGCCACCCUCUCUGGAACCUCCAUGGCUUCCCCCCACGUCGCCGGCCUGGGCGCCUACUUCCUGGCCCUGGUAGGCUCCAUGACCCCAGCGGCGCUGUGCAGCUACAUUCAAAGCAACGCCGUCUCAGGCGUCAUCAGCGGAGUCCCCUCCGGCACGAGCAACCUGCUCGCGUACAAUGGUGCCGCCUAA